CAAAAACUGAGAUAUUUUAUUACAAGUAUGUGAACUUGCUACUUUUCAAUAAAUGGAUGAGAUAAAUCUAUAAAAUGCUGUUAUGCUAAAGCUUUUCAAGUUUUCUCAAACCUCGUGCAACGUUUUCACAUUUCUAAUCAACUAAACUAAAGAAAAGGAACAAGGUGGCCAAGACAUUACACUGGAUGCACUUUUUCGCAAAAAACUCAUAGAUGUCACCUAUACAUGAUUCGGCUUGUAUUGCUUUAAAAAUAAUUCUGCUUAACUGUUUAGUUCAUUUGCAGUAUACGUAAACCAAAACAAUAAUAACUGUGAAUCAACAAGGCAUGGAGGGAGAUAUGAUUCCUUGGCCCAACAAAACAGAGAGAAAACCAGUCGUAAAAAAGUCACUUUUAGUGAUUUGAAUUAUAUAAUAUGUGACAGUGUUGGUGAUACCCAAGAUGAUAUAACUACAAAUAACUUUUUGUCACCCAAAGUAAUUGAACCAGCCAAGAUUUGCAGCCUGCAAUGCACGGAAAAUAACAGGGAAAUCUGCAAAUUUGAAACUGAUUCUGAUAUAGACAUGGAAUCAGCAACAGCAAAUUUUUCUGAAGAGCCAAAACUUCAUGAUUGUCAAAUGAAGCCGACAAAGUAUCUUAUUAUCAGAGCAGACACCAAAGAAAAAGAGGACACUGCUGUAGGAAAUAAAAAAUCGUCUGUCUAUAUGAAAAAAACAACAAAUAUUCGCAGGAGUCCAUUUGUAAGUCGAUUUUUUCCACAACAUGGAAAACCGAAUAUUUCAGAAGGGAAUCAAAGUAGGGGUUCGAAGUACUGGGUUAAUCGAGAAAUUCAUCAUGAAGCAUCAGAUUUGUUAUUUGAAUCAAUGGAUGGUGACAAUGUCUAUCAUGGUCAGAAGAAAGAUACACCAGCUUCGAUGUUUGAAGGUCAGAAGAAAUCAGUAUCGAUACUGUCAGCUUUAUCUACCCUGAAACCCAGUUGCGUGGGAGAUGUAUCAUCAGAGGAUUCAGAGUGCGAACUCCCGAUCAAUUCAUGGGCAGAUGUAGUAAACGCCCUAAAGUUGACGAUGCACUCUUCUUCAAAAGAAAAAGGUGUCAAUUUCAACGCUUGCUCAUCAAAUGCGAUCAGAGAGGAUAAACCCGAUACGACAAAUUUAAGAUCCUUAGAUUGGCACUCAAAAAUGACUGAUGAGGAUGAGGAUGAUGAUGAUAAUGAGAACUUUUGCCUCCAAUCUCGCAUGUAUGCAAGCCAAGACUUAAACAUUGACACUUUAGUUUCAUCUUCAUGUAACUUCUCGCCCAGCUCUAGUUCCAGAGCCGAUGAAAACAAUACUGAAUCCUUGAAGAGAAAGAGAGUCCACUUCAAGUUGCCUCCAGAAAUUAUUUUUAGCACUGAUAGUAAUAAAAAUACGCAAAGAAUUACACGUAAUUUUAUAAAACAAGGUGGAAAUAGACACCCAAAGCGGUUCAAAGGUUCAUGGUUGCCAACUACACGACGUCCGCAAUGUGGUUUGCGUGCAAUUGAUAAACCGCGCUAUAAUACUUAUGACACUGAUACGGAAACAGAAACUGAGGAAUCUGAUGAUUAGUGAAUUUUAUCCAUUACUUUUUUUAAAGAUAUUUUAAUUAAUAAGAUAACAAGAAUCUAUAUUAUAUAUUCCUGUAUUUUUGUUGGGUCAAAUUACUAAAUGGCUCAGGUAAUUUUUAAAUAUGUUUUUAAUUAAUUCUAAUACUAUAUUUAAUGAUCUAAUACUAUA